CCAAUUCUAACAUUCUAAAGCCACAAGUUGCUCAUGUGGCUGUGGUGCAAAAUUGCUUACAUGUUUUAUAAUUGCUUUUAGAUCCCAAAACAAUUUAUAAAAUUAUCAAAGAAAGGAGAAGAAUUAGCUGCUCUGAUCAAUUGGUGGAAAUGGCAGCCUCUAUGACGACCACUCUCCCACAAUUCAAUGGGUUAAAACCCCAGUUCUCAGUUGCCCCUGUAAAAUCCCUGGCAGUAGCUCAACCCAUGAGGAGGAAGGGAAAUGGAGCACUGGGUGCCCGCAUGGAUUUCAUUGGUUCUCCCACAAAUUUGAUAAUGGUGACCACAACAAGCCUAAUGCUAUUUGCUGGGAGAUUUGGGUUGGCUCCAUCAGCAAAUAGGAAGGCAACUGCAGGAUUGAAGCUUGAAGCCAGGGAUUCUGGGCUGCAAACUGGUGAUCCAGCUGGUUUCACUCUUGCUGAUACAUUGGCUUGUGGAUCUGUUGGCCAUAUUCUGGGUGCUGGGAUUGUUCUUGGUCUUAAGAACCUUGGAGCUCUGUAAAAAUUUGAAAGAAGGUCCUAUGAACAACUUAAUUUAAUGUUAUUCUCUUAAUUCAAAUCCCAUGUUGUACUAAUUACCUACUCAUGAAAAUGCUCAUUUCCCAUC